AUGACAGCCGAGUUGGAUUUCUCGCCCAGUGGCGGAUGGCCGCAGCGUCUGGAGGACGUGGGUUACGGAACGGAGGACGUGGGCUACGGAACGGAGGACUAUGGACAGGACCCUGAAACUACGUGCCACAACGGCAGCCCGUGGACAUAUCGGAAGGAGCCUGCGGACGUGUUCCUUUGCAAACCUGCAAGGUACGAAUUAGUGGUUUGCGAGACCCGAAUUUUGCAGGGCAUCUUGCAGUGGCUAGAUCUUCCAUAA